CCAGUGGGCAUCGAUCCCUCGUCGUAAGUCUUUAAAACCCGCCGCCCGCAGCUUCUUUGUCCAUGAUCCAUGUGAUUGUUCGAGAUGAUGACUUUGCCGCCGCUUUGGCUUGGUCAUCGAGAUCCAUCAGAGAUUCCCGACCUAUCGCUACUGAAUCCCGACAGUGCUGAUCUGCUCUUGCAGCCUUUCAACCCUCUCACUCACACCGGAAACCCCCAGCCCCCACCCCCAUACACACACCAUGGCAUCCACUAGGAAUAUCAAAUGCGUGGUAGUAGGCGAUGGUGCCGUUGGAAAGACAUGUCUCCUCAUAUCCUACACCACCAACGCCUUUCCAGGCGAAUACGUCCCUACAGUCUUUGACAAUUAUUCCUCUCAAGUCAUCGUUGAUGGAAUGACAGUCUCCCUAGGAUUAUGGGAUACAGCCGGACAGGAAGAUUACGAUCGUCUUCGACCGUUGAGCUAUCCCCAAACAGAUGUCUUUCUCUUGUGUUUCUCCACCGUCUCUCCACCAAGUUUUGAGAACAUUCGCACAAAGUGGUGGCCCGAAAUCCAACAUCAUUCCCCUGGGACCCCCAUCCUCCUCAUUGGAACCAAGUUGGACCUGAGAGAAGACCCAAUGUCUAUCGAGAGGCUGCGGGAGCGUCGACAGGCUCCGAUUCAGUACUCACAGGGCUCUGCAAUGGCAAAUGACAUUAAAGCGGCCAAGUACCUCGAGUGCUCCGCUUUGACGCAAAAGGGUCUCAAAACAGUAUUCGAUGAGGCGAUUCGUACUGUCCUCAAUCCCAACAGACGCGCUGGCAAGGCCAAAAAGUCGUCUGGAUGCGUGCUCAUGUAGUUUGCGAUGGGAAGAACCAACACUUCUGGCUGCUCAUGUCUUUUACCACGAAAUUUCAACGUCUCCCUACGCACGACCUCCAUUUCGCCAAGCACGCAUCGCACAUACUAUGUCUUCGCUUUCAGCAGCAUGUCUCGUCGGUCCAAUGUAGCCUCCUAGAUUGCACCACGAAACAAUUCUCCAUAUUUAUUAGACUAUCCCUCCUGUUUAGACUCCCUGCCCCGAUUCAUCAUUUUGUUCUCCUAUCCUCAUGUUAUAUACGUCUCUUUCUCUGUGAGCCAUAUACGCCGUCGAUCGCAUGUAUACAAUAUCGAAUGAGAC